AUGGCCGAGCAGACCAAGCAGCGCUCCGUGACGGGCGUCUUCUUCUACGUGCCCAACCUCAUCGGCUACACGCGCGUAGUGCUGUCGCUCUACAGCCUGGCGGUGGCGCUCACGGACUACAAGGCCAGCGUGCUGUGUUACGCGCUGAGCUUCACGUGCGACUACUUCGACGGCUUCUUCGCGCGGCUCUGCGACCAAUGCUCGACGUUCGGUGCUGUGCUGGACAUGGUCACGGACCGCUGCUCGACGGCGGGGCUGCUCGUGGUGCUGUCCCACCUGUACCCGCAGUACAUGGUGGCCUUCAUGUACCUGCUGAUCCUCGACUUCUCCAGCCACUGGUACCACAUGUACUCGUCGCGCGGCCACCACAAGAUUGUGGCCGCCGAGCGCAACUUCCUGCUGCGCUUCUACUACGGCUGCUACCCGUUCUUCGGCUUCUGCUGCGUGGGCACCGAGCUGUUCUACAUCCUGCUCUACGUGCUCUACUUCGACCCCACGCUGCUCAUCCCGUACAUCAACGUGCCCGUCAUGCAGCUGUGCUACUACGUGUGCCUACCCGCCUGCGUGUGCAAGAACUUCAUCAACGUUGCGCAGCUGUGCAGCGCGGCGCACUCCGUGGCGGCCGAGGACGUGGCGAUCGCCAACAAGACCAAGUAG